UGUCUAAUUAUUUGCGACAAGUUUCGCUUCUUAUUAAGCCCUGCUGAUCUUUUUUUAAAUGAAAUAAAAUAUAACAGUUUCGACUAUUGCAAACAGUUUUAUUUUUGAAUUUCGGUAAAAGGACAUAAUAUCACAUGAAAUAAGAAUAUAACAGUCAUAUCUGAAAUGGAAUCAAGUCUUCAGCCAGAGUUAAGUUUUCAAGAACAUGCCCAACGGUUGGAAGAGCGCGCGCAGUGCACGGGACAUCGUGGUGCAGACGACACUGCACGAGACGAAAUGAAUACUGGUAUAAUGUCAGAUGUUUCAGAACCGCAAAGGAUUUCACCUCCAUGUCCGUCACCACUUAAGAUUUCGAAUCUUAUCGCACCUUCUCCCGGAAUUGUAGUGUCCGUUCCCUCACAAGUAACUGUUGAAUGUUCUACACCGGCGACAUUGUGCCAUGGCAAACGUGUAUCGCCCGGACUGUCUUGUCUAGUAUGCGGGGACACGUCAAGUGGUAAACAUUACGGAAUUUUGGCGUGUAAUGGUUGCAGUGGGUUCUUCAAAAGGAGCGUCAGACGGAAACUGAUUUACAGAUGCCAGGCAGGUACAGGGCUAUGUAUAGUUGACAAGGCACACAGAAACCAGUGCCAGGCGUGUCGCCUCAAGAAGUGUUUACAGCUAGGAAUGAACAAGGAUGCUGUCCAAAAUGAGCGUCAGCCACGUAACACUGCGCAGAUCAGAAAUGACCAGAUGGAAAAUGGGUUCGAGACUAGCAUGGGAGGGACACAAGCCACAGUGUCAGCUACACAUCCCGCAUUCAGUCCGGCGGCCAAACACAGACUCAUGGCGGGUAUUGGUACUCGCGAUGCUUCAACAAAGCAGGAAAACAGAACUGAAGAUCAUGAAGAAAAUAUUGAUGUCACAGGCACAGACAGUAAUGAACGUCACGUGACACCAUAUUACAAUAACUAUGGAGACACGUUCUACCCUCUGGCUGGACAAGAGACGAUGUACGAGUGUUCUGCUAGACUUCUAUUUAUGGCCGUACGAUGGGCGAAAAAUCUCCCGUCCUUUGCUAAUUUACCUUUCCGUGACCAGGUCAUCCUUUUGGAGGAGACAUGGGGUGAACUGUUCUUGCUUUGUUCCAUUCAGUGGUCCAUGCCGAUGGACACAUGUCCGUUACUGGGCAACCUCGAACAUAACCAGUCUAAAUCCGGGUCUUUGGCAGCCGACAUCCGGGCACUUCAGGAAAUCUUCUCAAGAUUCAAAUCCAUUGGUGUUGACCCAGGAGAAUUUGCCUGCUUGAAAGCCGUGUCAUUAUUUAAACCAGAGACCCGCGGACUAAAAGACCCUCACCAAGUUGAGAAUCUACAGGAUCAAGCUCAGGUUAUGCUUGGCCAACACAUUCGUGCACAACAUCCUACACAGCCGGUCAGAUUUGGUCGUCUGCUACUGAUGUUGCCAUCGUUGCGGUUUUUGUCAACAGAAAGUCUGGAAAAAGUAUUCUUCGGACGGUCGAUUGGAAAUACACCCAUGGAAAAAUUACUUUGUGACAUGUUUAAAAGCUAGAUAUUAGUGCGAUAUUUGAAUAUCUGUUCCAGUUAUUGAUAAAUACGAACUAUCACCGAGAUAUGACACCGAGGCACAUCUCAGUGUUUAAGAGCAGCAUAAAACAAAAGAAGAUAGUGCGCGAGAGCAUGCCUCUUGAUGAGUGUCUGUCUUAGUGAAUUUUAGUGUCUGGUGACGUCUACGUCACGUAUAAUAUUAUGUUGACCGUUUAUUUAUUUUUUUUGACGUUGGAAUUAAAUCUACAAUAAUAUAAGACUUUCAGAUAAUUUUGGUUGAUAAUAUGAUGUAAAAUCUUUUUAUAUUGAUAGCAUUUAUUUAAAACAAUACUUUGUUUACCAGAGAUGUCAAUAUUCGGUGAUAAAUUACUGAUUAAUACAGGAGCCCUUCUUUUUAAUUAUUUAUAUGUUUAUGACAAAUCAAGGGGAUAAAUCCUCCUAUGGCAUUGAUUGUGCUAAUAUGCAUGCAUUGUAUUUUCAUACCAAAUAUUUGUGGAUUUACCCCUGGUAAGUAUUUAAAAAAAAAUAGUCCCUUAUAUGAAAGUUUGUAUAUAAGAUAAUUAUGUUGAGAUGGUAAC